GCGCCAUGCUGCUCUUUGCACUGCACUUGCACUCCCCUCAGUUCUCACACUCACUUUCCCAUGGAAACUCUCAGAAAAUCUCCACUAAAGCCCUGGAAGAAAGGUCCAACCAGAGGUAAAGGCGGUCCCCUGAAUGCCUCCUGCCAGUACCGGGGAGUCCGGCAGAGGACUAGGGGUAAAUGGGUGGCAGAAAUCAGGGAGCCAAAGAAAAGAACCAGACUCUGGCUUCGUUCUUUUGCUACUGCAGAGGAAGCUGCCAUGGCUUAUGAUGAGGCUGCAAGGAGACUAUAUGGACCUGAUGCUUACCUCAAUCUGCCCCACCUUCAACCCAACUCAAAUUCUCAUCCUCCAAACAGAUUGAAAUGGAUUCCUUCAAAGAAUUUCACCUCCAUGUUCCCUUCAUGUGGCCUGCUCAAUAUCAAUGCCCAACCUAGUGUUCAUGUUAUCUAUCAGAGGCUUGAAGAACUCAAGAAGAAUAAUGGAGCUCUGAACAAAUCUUUUUCUUCUAAUUCAUCUUCACGUGAAUCAGAAACUGAUACUAAGAUCAUAAGCAAAAAGAGCCAGAGCCAGAUUGAAAAUCUGACAACCAAGGAGAAAGAUGUAGAUAUUUUAGAGGAAAAGCAGUCACAAACAGAAGGAAUAGGUGAAAUUCCUAAAGAGAAUUUACCAGAGUCAGUGACGGAUUCUAACAUAAGAGAUUUCAAAGAACUUGCAGCCUUCUCAGAGAAGAGCUUCAACUGGGAUGCUGUGAUAGAGCUGAAUGGAAUUGGGGCAGAUCAACAAGGAGACAGUCCCAUCUUCCAUGUUCAUGAUAUUCAAGAGGAGCUAACCUGGCCUACAUCCAUUUGGAACUUCUAAAAUCAGUAAUAAAUAGAUCUCUUGAUCUUCAGUUAAGUUAGGUAUGCUGAUGUUUGGCAGUAGUGCAGGUUGCAUUGGAAUAUGGCAUUUUUAUCCAUUUCUGCAAACUUAUUAUGGAGACAGAGUAAGACAUUGCUACUAAUUACCAGUAAUCAAACUACUAAAAGUAAUUGAAAAGU